AUGAAUUAUGAUCAAUGGAUUUCGGAUAUGAAAAAUGCUUUUGAACAUGGCAAUUAUUCCAAAUGGGCAAGUAGCGUUAACAAACAGAUGAAUGUCGAAGAAAUGGUACAAGAAGUUAACGAUUUAUAUAAAUCAUCUGCUUCUUGUAUUGGCUGUAAAUUUUUAGUUAAUAUGGCUCGCAUCAUGAUGCAAAAAGGCAAAAGUAAUGAUCAAAUUCUGGAUAUUGGAACGAAAAUUUGUAAUGUGUUUAAAAUUCAAACGCCCAGAGUUUGUGAAGGUGUUAUGAAAAUUAUUGGCGUCGAUGUAGUGGACGUUGUACGUCAUUCAAAUUUGAAGGGAUCACAAAUCUGCAGAUUUUUUUUAGGUCAGCCAUGUGUCAAUGGGUAUGCAGCACAACACGAUUGGAAUAUAACAAUAUUUCCAGCUAAAGAACCAAAAAUCAGACAUCCACUCACUAAACCAUCUGAAAAAGUACCACCAUUAAAAAUCCUUCAAAUUUCUGAUACGCAUUUCGACCCUCUUUAUGAAGUGGGAUCAAAUGCUGACUGUGGAGAGCCUCUUUGUUGUAGAGCCUCUAGUGGUACCCCUAAUUCCACAAAAUCAGCUGCUGGAAAAUGGGGUGACUACAGGAAAUGUGACACACCUUUGAUAUUGUUGGAAAACGCAAUUAAGCACAUAGUUAAAACUCAUAAAGAUAUUGAUGCAAUUUAUUGGACCGGCGAUUUACCUCCACAUGACGUAUGGGUUCAAACUCGAGAAGAUAAUAUUGCUAAUCUUAAAUUUACCUCUAAAUUGAUGGCAAAAUAUUUCAAAGGCAUUCCUAUUUUUCCAUCAGUUGGAAAUCAUGAAAGUGUCCCGGUAGAUGGAUUCGCUCCGCCACAUGCACCACCGCAUAAAAACAUGUCUUGGUUGUAUGAUCAGUUAGCAGUAGAAUGGAGCCGUUGGUUACCAACUAAAACUCAUGAAACAAUAAGAAAAGGAGCAUUUUAUUCGACAUUAUUAAAAAAAGGCUUUCGUGUUAUUUCUGUAAAUGGAAAUUAUUGCAGCAGAAUGAAUUUUUAUCUUCUCUGGAAUAGUACUGAUCCACUCGACCAGUUGGCUUGGCUCUCUAAAGAACUACAAUCAGCUGAAGACAAGGGCGAAAAAGUACACAUCAUUGGGCACAUACCUCCGGGUGGUAAAGAAUGUCUUAAAUCUUGGUCAAGUAGCUACUAUGAUAUUAUUAAUAGAUAUGAAGGAACAAUUAUGGCUCAAUUUUUUGGCCACACUCACUGGGAUGAGUUUGAAAUAUUUUAUGAUUUGGAAAAUUUGAAGAGACCAGUAAAUAUUGGAUACAUCGCUCCAUCUAUAACACCUUGGGAGAACGUUAAUCCAGCUUAUCGUAUUUAUUAUGUCGAAGGUGAUCACCCGAAAACCAAUAGGGCUAUCAUUGAUCACGAAACUUGGAAAAUAAAUCUUGACGAGGCAAACAGAAAUGACAAUCCUGUGUGGUACAAAGCAUACAGCGCCAAAAAAGCUUAUAAUAUGAAAGCUCUUUCACCAAAAGAUUGGGAUGAUCUCUUGACUCGAAUGGAUUCUAAUGAUGAACUUUUUGAUACUUUUUAUAUGAAUCAUUAUCGCAAUUCACCAGUUAGGCCCAAUUGUAAUAAUGAUUGUCGGAAAGAAAUUUUAUGUAAUUUGAGAAGUGCGAGAAGUGAAAGUCGAACAGAUUUUUGCAGUUAGUAUUAAAAACUUACGAGAACAUAUUGGAGAAAUAUAUUCAGCUAAAUAUAAACGAAACCUACAUUUUUUUCAUUGGCGAUAAAAAGAUUUAGCACUUCAGGACGUUAAAGUGAC